AUGGCUGGAGCGGAGAGGAGCCGAGUAGGCAAGAACAGAGAGGAUGGGGAUAUACAAGAGCAGCAAAAGUUCGUGACGCACACGACAUGCGUACAGGUGUGGAUGCUAGCUACGCUUGCAGGCCUCCACAGGUCUGAGAGACAGAGUAUGCUGACCCAGUGCCACCAGAGGGUAAACAUGGACACAGAUGCCCACAGGCCACGAGGUCAGCUUCACCCCUUGCUGGAUUUGCCCGAGAUCAUGCACAACAUAUUUCGUCUGCUCCCCGCUCUCGCGCUCAACUCGUGCGCGACGGUGUGCGCCGCGUGGAACGACAGCGCCACCUACGUGAAACAUCGCCGAAAGCCGCGACUGCAGUGCUUUCUCGCGCGGUGCGACGUGGUCGGGAGGACGGUUGCCCCCGACGAUGUCGCUCAGGCGGCGGACGCGUUCCGCCGCUUCUCCAAGGAACUGGAGUCGGAGCCGAGCACCGUUCUUGUGUUUUCCACGGGUACCCUGAUUACCAGCACUCUGUCACGAACGCUGUUAAAUGCCAGUAGAGCCGACAUAGACUGCAAAGGCAAUAGACAAGAGCAAAGGGAACUCGACACAAACUGCAACUCCCAGGUAGACAGGAAGGUGAAAGCGGACAGAAACGAGCACGCGAGAAAACACGACGCGCCGCUCUCUCUGCUAUCCUACAUGAGCGAGUGUCUGCCGCCAGGGGCCGCCACUCUCUGCAUCGGCUCGGUGGGCUGCGUCGGCUGCCACGAGCUAGGAGGUAGCAUUCACACACUAGAGGGCGCCGCAGAAGCGUCGUCGAUCGCCUGCCUGGCGCUGCCGUCGCAAAUACGCGUGCAUCACUUCCUCGAGGAGUGGGACGAUCCCACCGACCUUGAAAAGUGGGGUCGCCGGCACAGUUGGCUGUGGGACGACCCCGCGGUCAAGUGCCUGCUCCUAUUCUACGACUGCCCGAGCAGCGAAGCGAUGAGAAUCUCACGCCAGAUAACGGAACAGCUGUGGGGGCGCCGCCGGUCGUCGCUCGUGCUCGCCGGUGGGCACGGCUACUUCAGCCACCUGGCAGCGGCGCGGCGCGGCGGCGCCACCUCGCUCAACUACUGCGUCCAGGGCAUCGCCUUCUCCGGAGAGACGCUAGAGGUCGCCAGCGUCACGGUGGACGUGCGGCUGUGCGAGGAGCGCGCGAUCGCCGCGCGCAUGACGGAGCUGCGCGGCGCCCUGACGGACGUAGACGGGAGGCUCGCGUUCGGCCUGGUAUUCGUUUGCAAGCAGAACCCGGGCGAUCUCGUCGAGAAGGACCACCACGUGGAACACGCGCGAACCGUCGCCGCGUCGUUCCGCAAGACCUUCCCCGGCGUUCCGCUCGUCGGUUCCAUGUUCGGGCACAACGUGCACACGAUCGGCAUGAACAACAGCACGGAGACGGCGCGGGAGCGCCCCCUACCGGAGAGAGACGUGCUCCACAUGAGAGAGAACAGUGUUGUGUGCUUGUUUACUAUCAAAAGCUAGACGUGUCUCUAUCGCAGGUACAUGUGGUGCAUUGGGGAAAAGCACAGGUUGGAAUUUUUGCUAUACAUCUACACACAGGACGUUGUUAUUUAUGCAGCCUUAAUAUCUGAGCGAUACAGGCAACACCAUAAACUUAAUUGCGAAGAGCUAUUAUUGAUCACAAGAUAGCUGUGAUGAAGAGACUAAGAAUAAAAUGAAAAUAUAAACAAUACUUGUACUAGGGUUCGUGUA